CUGAAACUCAAAGGAAAGAUUAGUAAAAUUAAAAAUGAGAAAACCAUUGAACUAAUAAAUAAACUAGAAGCUCGUUUUAUAAGAAAAAAAACAAUAAAAUAGAUAAAACAAUGGUUAACUUGAUUUUAAAAAGAAAAGACCAAAGUACUAGUAUCUAAAAUGAGAGGGGGGAGCCCUGAAGGCCGCUUCGCUGAGGGCUGGGGAUCCAGACGCCACUGCAGACGCCAAGGUCUGCCAGAGGAAGCUGGAGUCCAUGAGCUGAAUCUCCCAGCUGUCGGUCCACCUGGAGAAACUGUUGAAGCACUAAGAGUCACAAAACCUUGUUAUGAUGUAUCUUUGGUUUAUUUAACCUGUAAAUUUAUGGAGCUCAUCAAAUCUGCUCCUGGUGGAGUUCUUGAUUUAAAUGAAGUUGCAACAACGUUGAGAGUAUGGAAGCGAAGAGUAUAUGACAUCACCAAUGUAUUAGAUGGAAUUGACCUCAUUCAAAAAAGAUCUAAGAACCAUAUUGAGUGGAUUGGAUCUGAUCUUGGUGGCAUUGGUCAAAAGAAGAUAAGGGAUGAACUUACUGACUUAACAGCAAUGGAAAAAGCUUUGGAUAACUUAAUUAAGGAUUGUGCUCAGCACCUCUUUAAACUAACAGAUGACAAAGAAAAUGAAAUAUUAGCAUAUGUAACCUAUCAAGGUAUCUAUAACAUUCAAGCUUUCCAUGAACAAAUUGUUGUUGCAGUCAAGGCUCCAGAAGAAACCAAAUUGGAAGUGCCAACUCCUAAAGAAGAUUGUAUAACAGUACAUAUAAAGAUCACAAAAGGACCUAUUGAUGUUUAUUUGUGUGAAGUAGAACAAGAUAAUAUAAGUAAUAAGAUAUUUGAUGAAAUGAGCACUAUAUAUGAAAGUAAGUCUACAGUUCAUCUUGAUCAAGAAGGAAAUCUACAGCAGAGUGAAUCAAAUAAAAAAAAAACACGAAUUGUCCUGAACAUUAAAAACUCUGGAAUGAUUUCAACAAUUUUUGUCAAGUUGACUUAA